AUGGCUAGUGAGGAGAGUUUUUUUGUUUUGGUUCACCACAGAGGAUCCAUUAAGAGGAAAACUCGUUUCGGUGUGAAGUUCACAGAUAAGGAUCCUCUCUGUAUUGUCGUGAGUCCUUCGACGAGCUAUGAUGACCUUGUUAGAUCUGUGCUGAUGAAACUUGGUCAGGAAGGUGCGAAGCAGUUUCCGGAGGUGAGGACACCAGAGUUGUUGGCAAAGCUGGUUGAUGUGGUAUCCAGCUCAGGGGGUUCGAACCGGAAUACCACCACUUUAGCCACGGCAGCCGGUUCUAGUUCUCGUCCUACCGUUGGUUCUUCCUCCGUCCCUGUGUACCAGCCAGUGGUCCAACCUGUCGCCUCCCCGUCUUUUGCUGUUGAUCUCAACGGCAGCGUAGGCGACGAGGUAGGUUCAAGGGAAAAUCUGUCGGACGCUUUACUGGGCGUUGCACUGCUUGGCGUUGGAGACGGAUUGUUGGGUGAUGCAGAGGAGGAUGACGUCGAGCCGGAUAUGAUUGACGAUGACAGCGGUGAUGAUAUUGGAGCGAGUGAGCCUGCAUUGGCGGAGGGGGUUUCUGGGCACUUUGUUGGAUUCGGAGCUAGAGAUGCAGAAGGGACUGCUGGUCUGACAGAGUUCCAGGUUGAUCAGCAAUUUCAGGAUAAAGAUCAGGCCCUGUUAAGUGUGAAGACUUACAGCAUCCGGCGAGGGGUACAGUACAAGGUAGUCGAGUCUGAUUAUAUCCGGUAUGUGGGCAAGUGUUCUGAGUUUGGGAAUGGGUGCACAUGGUUGAUUCGACUGAGUCUCCGGCAGCGUAAGGGCAUUUGGGAGGUCAAACGAUACAAUGGACCUCACACUUGUCUUGCCACCUCCAUCUCGAGUGACCACAGGAGUUUUGAUUACCAUGUGAUAUCGGCGUUCAUUAUGCCAAUGGUUAGGGCGGAUGCAUCCGUCAGCAUCAAGGUGCUCUUGAAUGCCACGGCAGCACACUUUGGGUUUAGGCCGACUUACAGGAGGGUCUGGAUGGCGAAGCAGAAGGCUGUUGCCCUCAUCUACGGUGACUGGGAUGAGUAA